GUGUGUUUGUGCCUAGUAUGGUUAUAACUUUAUACUAAACUAUAAAAAACAGCUGUGAUAUCCAACAUGUUGAACGGAAAGCUGCAAACUGUUUCCAGAUAUGCUUUGAGGCAGAAAUGUGUCUUUAAGUCGAUUCGCAGCAUCUCUACCUCACUACCAAUCCUGAUUAGCCACAAACACCAUGUGGGCAAAGAUCCACUGGUUUACCGAACUGUUGGAAGCCAAUUGGAACUAUCAGCAGCAGAGUUUGGAAAUACAGAGGCUAUCGUCUCGUGUCACGAGGGAAAGCGAUACACUUUUAAGAGCCUUUUGAAGGAAGCGGAUGGCCUGGCGGCGGGUCUGCUGAAGCUGGGACUAAAGCGUGGUGAUACAGUGGGUCUUUGGGCUCCAAACUAUAUGCACUGGUAUCUGGGAAUGAUGGGAGCUGCUAGAGCCGGUCUCACCUCGGUGGGAAUCAAUCCCGCCUUCCAGGGACCCGAGGUGGCCUACUGCCUGAAUAAAGUGAACAUAAAGGCUAUCAUUGCGCCAGAGUCCUUUAAGACCCAAAACUAUUACGAGAUUCUGAGAGACAUCUGCCCGGAGAUUGUGAACGCAGAAUCGGGCAAGAUCCGCAGUGAGAAGUUCCCGCAUCUGCAAUCCGUUAUCAUCAACAGUAACGACAGGUUGAAGGGUGCAAUUCGUUUCGACGACCUUCUGGACUUGGCCAACAAGUCGGAGCGGGAAGAGAUAUCUAAAAUCCAGAACCAAGUCCUUCCAGAGUCUCCUUGCAAUAUUCAGUUUACGUCAGGAACCACGGGAAAUCCCAAGGCGGCUGCUCUGUCCCAUUACAACUUCGUGAACAAUGGUAUCCAUGUGGGCAACCGGAACGAACUGGCCGGCGAAAGGAUCUGCGUUCAGGUGCCAAUGUUCCAUGCUUUUGGAGUGGUAAUCACGAUUAUGGGUGCGAUGACCAAGGGAGCCACUAUGGUACUCCCAGCCGCCGGUUUCAGUCCCAAAGACUCCCUCCAGGCGAUCGUCAAUGAAAAGUGUUCAGUCCUCCACGGAACACCAACCAUGUAUGUGGAUUUGGUGAACACCCAAAGGAAACUGAAACUGCCACUGGGCAGGAUCAAGAAAGCCGUUACCGGAGGUGCCAUUGUUUCGCCGCAACUUAUCAAGGAUGUUCGAGAGGUCCUUGGCGUAGAAUCCGUGCGAAGUGUGUACGGGCUGACGGAGACCACAGCUGUCAUCUUCCAGUCCCUGCCUGGUGACCAUGAUGACAUUGUCCUCAACUCAGUGGGUCACCUGCAGGAUCAUAUCGAGGCCAAGGUGGUGGAUGCCGAGGGCAAGUGCGUCCCUUACGGCCAGCCAGGGGAACUGUGUGUACGAGGAUACGUUACUAUGUUGGGCUACCACGGUGACGAAGAGAAGACCACCGAAACCAUUGGCAAGGACAAGUGGCUCCGCACUGGCGACCAGUUUAUCCUGGAGGAGAACGGAUACGGACGCAUCGUGGGCCGUCUCAAGGAAAUGAUAAUUCGCGGUGGCGAAAACAUUUUCCCCAAAGAGAUCGAAGACUUUUUAAAUGCCCAUCCGGACAUUAUCGAAGCACAUGUGAUAGGUGUUCCGGACGAGCGACUGGGCGAGGAGGUUUGCGCCUUUGUCCGCCUUAAUGAGGGCGUAGACCCUGCCUCCAUUACAGCAGAGGCUCUAAAGGCCUACAGCAAGGGAAAGCUGGCCCACUUCAAAAUACCUCGCUUUGUGAUUCCCGUAGACUCAUUCCCGAAGACUACCUCUGGCAAGAUCCAGAAGUUCAAACUAGUAAAAGCAUUUAAGGAGAGACAGAGUCAAGACCGCAAUACUGCCAGGGCUUAGAUAUAAAAUGCUUAUAUCUUAAUAAAUAAAACAAUAAAUUAAGUUUUUAAAAUUAAA